GCAAUCAGGCUUUUCAGUUUUUUUAAUUUUCCUUUUCAAGCACUUGAACACAUCACAGAAAACUCCUGAAACAAAGGUCAUCAAAAAAAGUGCUCAUUGUAAAAUGUUGUCCAUGUCUGGAUGCAUCUGUACAAACACCCAGAAUCACCCACCUUAAUCAUACAAGUAAUCAGCAACACUGUUUACAAUCACAGUGGCAGAGAUAACGGAGCUGUUUUUAAAACAUGCCCAGCUCCAUUUUAGUGUUCAGUUAAUGAGGCAGUUUGUCAAUCGACAGAAAAUCAACUGUUUUGAAAAUCAAAUAAUAGUUUUUUUCAUUGUUUUUAAGCAAAAAUACCAAAUAUUUGCAGGUUCCAGCUUUUUAAAUGUGAAGAUUUGAUGCUUUUUCUGUCAUAUAUGAUAGUAAACUGAUUAUCUUUAGUAUGUAGUUUUAUAUUUUCUUUGAUUUUACAGACAUGAUGAUUAAUUGAAAAAAUAAUUGGCAGAUCAAAUGUUAACUUCAGCCCUAGUGUCUAGUGCCUGGAUCUCUGAGGGGGUGACCAGUAUCAUCUGUUAAGGGACCCAGACAUACUAGUUUCAAAUACUUUUUUUUUUUGGAAUGUGCUAACGUAAACUGAAAAAAAAUUAAAAAUAAGAGCAGUGACGUGUUGACGUUUGGAUUUGUAGGGAGAAACUUUAAUAUUUCAUAUAAUGUUUAAAAAAAAAAAAAAACUUGAAAUGGUUAUAAUAUGUAAGUGUAGUUGUACUUGUUGUAUUUUUUAUGUUUCCAGUAGAAAUCAUACAUGUCACAUGUCAUGACACAUGAGGAAGCCAACACUGGGUUCUCAUGAUGUCGUCACAUUCUGAACCCAGUUAUGAUGUCAUACAGAACUGAAGUUCUCUUGCCUUUCAAUAACAUUUAUUCAGCAUCAAAGGCAAGAGACCUUCAGUUCACACCUGACCCCUGACAGAGACGCAUCUCUUCGUGGAUACAGUGACAGAACGACAUCAAGUACGACAUUUCAACCACUAGUUACGUUAUUUGAACUUCUACUACACACACUCUGACAAUCCCUUGUGGAUUCAAAGAAGGAAAACCAGGAGCUUGCUGCAGAAGACGCUGCUCUUAUGGAACAGCUCGCAAGCAUGCAAAACAACUGGAGGAAGCGGGCAGAUUACACGGUGUCAACCCUCUACAGGGCUAUAAACAAACUGGACAACCUGGAAAAUGACUAUAAGUCUGCAAAAGCCUCGGAGAAAGAGUUUAACACCAAGGAAAAGGAGCUGGAGCAAAGACUGAAAGAAAAGGAGGAGGAAGUCCGCUCCCUUAAAGAAGAGCUGUUCUCGUGCCAACUUGAGACAGAGAGGACCAGAAAACAGCUAACCGCAAUGUGCAACCAGGUCACAGCGAUGGAAAACUCCCUGCCGAAAACCAUCUCACAGCUCAAUGCGGCGUGGCGGAGCCAGAUGACUGCCAAGGAGAAGAAGGCAGUCGCUGAGCUUCAAGCGCUGCAGAAGAGCUGUGAUGAAAAGGUGGCGCGCAUCAUUCAGGACAAGAACCAAGUGAUCACCAGUGCCACAAAUGAAAACAUAGCACUGGCAAAGAAAAGCCUUGAGAACUUGGUUAAUGUGAAGAACCUGGAAUCUGAGCUGCACCAGAGAAAGACUGACUGGAGGUCAAAGGUCAGAACUCUAGAGGAGAAACUCCGAUGCCAGGAGGAAGAGAAGGAGGAGCUGCAGAAAUAUAAUGCAGACCUACAAGAGAAGUGGCUUGCAAAGGAGGAAACCUGGAUCCAAAAGAUCAGCAGGAUGGAGGAGGACAUCCAGCGCCUGACCCAGAAAAACACUGAGCUGGAGGAACUCACAAGCAAAACUGACAAGGAGGAUGGAGAGAUGGAAAAGGAGGAAGAGAAGGAAAACAAGGCAACAAAGAGGCUGAAGAAGGAGAGGAAGGAGCAGGAGAAGAAAGACAAGGAGGAGAAAGAGAGGAAGGAGCAGGAGAAGAAAGAAAAGGAGGAGAGAGAGAAGGAGAGGAGAGAGAUGAAAGAGAGGAAGGAGCAGGAGAAGAAAGACAAGGAGGAGAGAGAGAAGAAGGAGAGGAAAGAGAGGAAGGAGCGGGAGAAGAAAGACAAGGAGGAGAGAGAGAAGGAGAGGAGAGAGAUGAAGGAGAGGAAGGAGCAGGAGAAGAAAGAAAAGGAGGAGAGAGACAAGAAGGAGAGGAGAGAGAGGAAGGAGCAGGAAAAGAAAGACAAGGAGGAGAGAGAGAGAAGAAGGAGAGGAGAGAGAUGAAGGAGAGGAAGGAGCAGGAGAAGUAAGACAAAGAGGAGAGAAAGAGAAGGAGAGGAGAGAGAUGAAGGAGCAGGAUAAGAAAGACAAGGAGAGAGAGGAGAAGGAGAAAGAAAAGGGUUAGCUCACCCCCCCAACGCAACCCCCUUCCAAACCCCCACACCCCUUCCCUCCCCCACUCCUCUAUCCCUCAACCCUGACAACUAUCCCCUCAUCCCAACUCCCCCCACCCUCUUACACC